AUGUCUAAGAAAGUCACCGGGAGCAAGUCUAUUGUUGAGGAGGAUAUCAACGAUCCCACCGUGGUCAAUCUGUCUGAGACGUUUAUGAGUGAUCCUGAUUUUGGUAAACCUCCUGAGUUGAUCUCUCCUUUGAAAACCCCAAAGGUGAGCAAGUUUGUAGGACCACUGAAGGAAGAGAGGGUCCCUACAGUUGAUACGUCAAUGUUUAGGAAGCAGUUGAUUGCGGAACAGAUGAAAGAUGUUUCCCUCUCCCCUCUUUUUGCUAAGAUACGUCCAGAGGCGGAGUUUGAUGAAGUUCGUGUGGGUUACUUUGACAAAGAUGGUGUUCUAAUGAGGAAAUUGGCAUUCUCGCGCCACUUCUGGGCAAGACGAUUGGCCCAGUGUAUUUCAAAUUGUCGUUCCAUUUACGCUUUGACUGUAUCUUGACCGUAUCUUGCGUAAAUUCUUCUGGCCUGGUCUGAAACAAGAUGGCGUGUCUUACUGUAAAUCCUGUUAUGUUUGCCAGCGCACGGGUAAACCGAUCCAAGCUGUGCCAGUUGCACCUUUGCAGCCUAUUCCUGCUUUUGACUAACCUUUCAGCAGGGUUCUGGUGGAUUGUGUUGGUCCUUUGCCCAAAGCAAAGAGUGGUUACCAGUUUCUCUUAACCAUUAUGUGCGCUGUCACUCGUUUCCCUGAGGCCAUUCCACUCAGGAAAAUCACGAGAGGAAAGUUACUACGGAUAUUGCAGGAGUUUCCACUUGAGAUCGGAUCGGAUAUGUCCGUGGUAAGAACAACUUGGUUGCUGAUUGUCCUUCAAUGGUGGGCAGUCAAUACGUUUUGUGUUUUGCGUUUAGCUAGUCUGUAGCCCUGGCUCACAAUUUAUUUUGACUGCACGUUUUGAUAUUUUGGAGAUUAGUUUCGUUUUGGUUGCGCUCAUUCCAAGGGGAUGAGAGUUAUAGAAACAUAUGUGAUUUUAACCGUUUCUCAACUUGUGAGUUUUUGUAUUUCUGUCUGUAAUAAAGCCCUUUUGUGGGGGAAAACGCAUUCUGAUUGGCUGGGCCUGGCUCCCCAGUGGGUGGGCCUAUGCCCACCCAUGGCUGCACCCCUGCCCAGUCAUGUGAAAUCCAUAGAUUAGGGCCUAAUUUAUUUAUUUCAAUUGACUGAUUUCCUUAUAUGAACUGUAACUCAGUAAAAUCUUUGAAAUUGUUGAAUGUUGCGUUUAUAUGUUUGUUCAGUAUAUUUAUGUAUUUAUGCAUUAUAUGUGGUGAUGUUGUGCUGAUGAGUUUGAGAUGCAAGACAAAUUUCCCGAAAGGGACACAAUAAAUAAUUAUUAUAAACCCACUAACCACAGCCUGUGCCUCCCCCUUCCACUAACCACAGCCUGUGCCUCCCCCUUCCACUAACCACAGCCUGUGCUUCCCCCUUCCACUAACCACAGCCUGUGCUUCCCCCUUCCACUAACCACAGCCUGUGCUUCCCCCUUCCACUAACCACAGCCUGUGCUUCCCCCUUCCACAAACCACAGCCUGUGCUUCCCCCUUCCACUAACCACAGCCUGUGCUUCCCCCUUCCACUAACCACAGCCUGUGCUUCCCCCCUUCCAGUUACAGAAGAACUGCCUGCUGGUGCUCUGCAGUGACACCAUCCUUCAGGACGUCCCUUUUGACAGGUCAGUCAUUCCAUAGCCUGGUGAAUUGACAGGUCAGUCAGUCCAUAGCCUGGUGAAUUGACAGGUCAGUCAGCCCAUAGCCUGGUGAAUUGACAGGUCAGUCAGUCCAUAGCCUGGUGAAUUGACAGGUCAGUCAGCCCAUAGCCUGGUGAAUUGACAGGUCAGUCAGUCCAUAGCCUGGUGAAUUGACAGGUCAGUCAGUCCAUAGCCUGGUGAAUUGACAGGUCAGUCAGUCCAUAGCCUGGUGAAUUGACAGGUCAGUCAGCCCAUAGCCUGGUGAAUUGAAAUCAAUCUAAAUCAAUUUAAUCGAAACCUUGAGUUGUGUGUGCAGAUCUUAAAUUAGGAUUCAGUUCUAGGUGUUAUAGGAUCUCACUGCUGUGUCCCUGUCAGAUUCGAAGCAGCCAAGCUGGUGAUGAACUGGCUCAGCGGUCACGUGGACCGGACCCUGCAGAGGAUGGCCGUGGCCGUCAUCUCCAUACUAGUGGCCAAAGUACGUCCCUACCCUUCUUUAAAUGCAUUAUUUCCUCAACAGUAACAUCUCCAUUCAAUGGCCAAAGUAGUGCACCCCAAACCCCGCAUGGACCGGAAUGUUUGACUGGGAGUAGGGUUGAUGUAUGGGACUCCAUGGGCAGUUGGCAGUGGCUUAUGUUGCCGCGAUCAUUUGUUGAAACAGUUUGUCUCUCUGCAGCUGUCCACACAGCAGACCACACAGCUGGGGGCUGAUAUCUUUAUUAUGAAGGUAAGAAAUCUGUAUCCCUCAUUUCCUCUCCCCCUCACCUCACCUCACCUCUAUCUCUCUUCCUUCCCCCUCACCUUAUCUCACCCUCUUCCCACCUCACCUCACCUCACCUCUCUCUCACCUAACCUCUUUCUCCCCCCUCACCUCACCUCUCUCUCCCCCUCACCUCUCUCUAUCUCCCUCUUCCCCUCACCUCACCUCUAUCUCUCUCUCUGCCCUUCACCUGACCCCUCUUCCUCUCUCCAUCAACUCUCUCUCCUCCUCUCUCCUUCUCACCUCUCUCUCUCUCUCCCCCUCCCUCCUCUCUCUAUUCCUCUCUUCCCACUCACCUCUAUCUCUUCCUCUGUCCCUCUCCCUCCUCCUCACUUCACCUCUCUCUCUCCCCCCCUCUCUCUUUCUAUUCCUCUCUCCCCCCCACCUCUAUCUCUUCCUCUCUCUCACCUCACCUCUUAUACUCCUCUCUCUCCACCUCACCUCUCUCUCUCUCUCGCUCUCUCUCCGUCUCCCCUCUAACAGCAGCUGCUGGGUAUAGUGCAACAGAAAGCCAUGGCGGGAGUAGUGGACUCCACUCUGAAGUUUGCCCUGAGUGCUCUGUGGAACCUGACUGAUGAGACACCCACUGCAUCGCGACACUUCAUCCAAUGUCAGGGCCUGGAGCUGUACGAGGAAGUGCUGGAGGUAGGAGAAACACACUCUUACACACACACACAUUUAUAGUUGAAAUAGUGGAACCAUUCAAUGAAUUGUCCUCUCCCUCUUGCCUUGCAGUCCUACUCCUCUGAGUCUUCUAUACAGCAGAAAGUUCUAGGUCUUCUGGUGAGUCUUUCUGUUUCAACAUGUUGCAGUUGUUGUUUGUUUGUGUAUGUCAGUGCUCUGAUUUUCUACAUUAUCAUUGUGCAUAUUAUUUACAUGUGUUACCCCUGGGGUUGUGUUCUCUAGUCAAAAUUGCACAGAUAAAAUGCAUGUUUCUGUAAUCAAAACAACUGUUUUGUUUGAGCCAGUAAGCAUAAACAAGGGCCAGAUUCAAUUGAACAUGUUUAUCUUUGUGGACAGAACCACAUCCUGCACAUAACAACUGGAAGCAUUUAUCUGUUGAUGGUCCGUGGUUUUCUGUCUCCCUCCAUGCUGCGCCUGGCUUCAUUAGGGCACACCACAGCGAAACAUUUUUAAGCAUUUGUAAUAGGAUCAGAUAGUAUAUCCCUGUUUUACUCUGUUUGGGAGCGUUUCCUUCUGUUUCAUUCCUACUGAACACUACCCAGGGCCAGUAUUUAUAAAGCAUUUCAGAGUGAGAGUGCUGAUGUAGGAUCAGUUUUGUGUUUUAGAUCAUAAUGAAUACGAUUAUAUGGACAGGGGGACCUGCUCCUAGUUCAGCACUCCUACUCUGAGUUGCUUGAUGAAUAUGGUUCCUGGUCUCUCUGUGGUCCAGAACAACAUAGCCGAGGUGGAGGAGCUGCAGGCAGACAUGAUGGAGGAGGACCUGUUGGAGCACGUAGUGACCCUGCUCCAGGGGCCCCAGGUGGAGGUGGGGGUCAGCUACUUCGCUGGGGGCAUCCUGGCCCACCUCACCUCCAGACAGGAUGCAUGGACCCUAGACCAGGGGCUCCGUCAAACUAUACUGGAACAGAUGGUACAGUGUGUGUGUGUGUGUGUGUGUGUGCAUAUCAGUGUUUUCUUUACUCCAAUUACCUGUCUCUACUAUCUACAGCAUGCUGCCAUACUGACCUGGGCCCUCCCUGAGCGUGAGAUGGUGUCCUACAGGUAAGACUGUCUGUCUGUCUGUCUGAGCUGCUCAGCGAUGCCAUAUAUAUCAUAUAUCUGAUCAGCGUCUUCAUCUCUCUCUGUUCAUCUCGCUCGCUCUCCCUCUCGCUCUCUCUCUGUUCAUCUCUCUCUAUGUUAAUCUCUCUCUCUCUCUGUUCAUCUCUCUCUGUUCAUCUCUCUCUGUUCAUCUCUCUUUCUCUCCCUUCCUCCUUACUUCUUUCCCCCCCCCUCCCUCAGGUCGUUCCGGCCGUUCUUCUCCCUGCUCCAGACCUCUCAGCCUGCUGGAGUGCAGCUAUGGGCUGUCUGGGCUAUGCGUCUCGUCUGCACUCAGAACGGUGAGGGUGUGUGUGUGUGUGUGUGUGUGUGUAUCAUUUACGUGGUAUCAUUUAGGGAACUAUUGCAAUAACUAGAAGAUAGCUGGAAGAUACUGGGCUGUAGGCACAUGCAUAGUCCUUUGAUCACAUAGAAUGUGUGUGGCCUGAGGAGGUGUUCUCUUACUAGUUUGUCUAUAUUAUUGAGGCGCUUUAAAUGCAUUGUAUGUCAUGUGUGAUUCUAUUUUAUUUCAGGUGUGCAGUACUGCCAUAUGCUCCAGGAGGAUGGGGCAGUGGAACUCCUGAAUACCUUGUCCUCUGACCUUGACACCCACAGCGACGUUAGAGGGAUGGCAGAGAGCAUCCUGGGUAUGGUGGAGCACCACCAGACUGCCAGCAAUCCCCUGAGAACACAGCCAGCAAUCCCCUGAGAACACAGCCAGAAA